CCGGGAGCGCGCACGUUCCGGAGCCCUCGCUGAUUGCGGGAGCUGCGGCCGCGCACGUCGGUCAGCUGCGGCUACGCCUUCGCGACUCGGCGGAGGCUCAGAGGACCCGGACCCAUGUGGAAGCUGUUACCCGCCGCGGGCCCUGCCCGAGUGGCAGAUGGUUAUCUCCUGUUAAUUGAUCGCCUACUCAACGUCCUUAUUAGUGGAUAAGCAGCUGUAGCCUAUGCUUGGGUCUUGCCCCCAGGGAGUUUAUUCUGAUCGGCAAAAGAUCUACCUCGAAGCUGAAUUUACGAACGGUGUAUGAAGAGGACCAAACACGUGGUUAGAAAAUAAAGAGUAAAAGACUCUUAAGAUCCAGGCAUCCCUGUGGACUUGGACGGAGCCGAGGUAGAACAUAAGCUGUUGCUGGGAAGCAGGACUCAGUUCCUUUCCAGGAACAGUUGUGGUCUGUGGCUGGCUCUCAGUUCCUGUGGAGAGAGGUAGAUCACAGUGGGAAAACGCUUUUAUCGUCAGUGGCCAGCAUUCUUGACUUCUAGGAGACUGUGACCUCUUUUCAGAAUCUAACGGACACUAUGGGCCCAUUCCUCUAGAAGAAAACUAACCAUUCAGACUUUUGACUGGUGUUGAAUACAUUGUUGGACGGAAAAACUGUGGCAUUCUAAUUGAAGGUGAUCAGUCAAUCAGUCGAAAUCAUGCUGUGUUAACUGCUAACUUUUCUGUAACCAACCUGAGUCAAACAGAUGAGCCUCCUAUAUUGACAAUAAAAGAUAAUUCUAAGUAUGGUACCUUUGUUAAUGAGGAAAAAAUGCAGAAUGGCCUUUCCCAAGCUUUGAAGACAGGGGAUAGAGUUACUUUUGGAGUGUUUGAAAGUAAAUUCACAGUAGAAUAUGAGCCUUUGGUUGCAUGCUCUUCUUGUUUAGAUGUUUCUGGGAAAACUGCUUUAAAUCAAGCUAUAUUGCAACUUGGAGGACUUACUGUGAACAGUUGGACAGAAGAAUGUACUCAUCUUGUCAUGAUAACAGUCAAAGUUACCAUUAAAACAAUAUGCGCACUCAUUUGUGGAUGUCCGAUUGUAAAGCCAGAAUAUUUUACUGAAUUUCUUAAAGCAGUUAAGUCCAAUAAACAACCUCCACAAAUUGAAAGCUUUUACCCACCUAUUGAUGAACCAGCUAUUGGAAAUAAAAACAUUGAUCUGUCAGGACGACAUGAAAGAAAGCAAAUCUUCAAAGGGAAAACGUUUGUAUUUCUAAAUGCCAAACAGCAUAAAAAGUUAAGUUCAGCAGUUGUUUUUGGAGGAGGAGAUGCUAGGUUGAUAACAGAAGAAAAUGAAGAAGAAGAAAGUUUCUUUUCAGUCCCUGGAAUUUGUGUUGUUGAUGUAGGAAUAACAAAUUCACAGACUCUAAUUCCUGACUCUCAGAAAAAAUGGAUUCACUCAAUUAUGGAUAAACUCCAAAGGCAGGGGCUUAGACUUAUUCCUGAAGCAGAAAUUGGACUGGCGGUCAUUUUCAUGACUACAGAGAAUUACUGUGAUCCUCAAGGCCAGCCCAGUACAGCAUUGAAGAUGACUCCAGGGCCAAGCCUUUCCCAAGGCUUAUCAUUCAAUGAAAAGCUAAUGCCAAGUGCCCCCGUGAAUACCACAACAUAUGUAGCUGACACGGAAUCAGAGCAAGCAGAUACAUGUAUGGAUUUUAGUGAAAAACCUAAAGAAAUCAAAAUCUCCAGAGUGGAACAAAAAUUCAGAAUGCCUUCACAAGAAACAUCCACUGUGAAGGAACCCCCCAAAAUAAGCUCUAAUGAUAAAAAUGCAGUAUCAAAUACUCUGGAAAGGAUGAAAAUCCCAGCCUAUCAGCUUUCACCAACUAAAUUCUCAGGUGUAAAUAAAAGUAGAGAUCAGCCUUCUCAGAAGCUGCAGACCAGCUCCAUCAAAAACUACUUUCAGCCUUCUACCAAAAAAAGGGAAAGAGAUGACGAAAAUCAAGAAAUUUCUUCACCCAAAUCAGCAAGAGUAGAAAUGUCUUGUUCUCUUUUGGAACAAACACAACCUUCUACACCCUCAGUAUGGAAAAAUAAGGAGGAGCAUCUAUCUCAGAAUAAGCCUGUGGAAAAGAAACCAGAUAAUUUACUUACAGAUAGAGAUUUAAAAUCCACUGUGAAAAAUUUUGCCAGUGAAUCUCUUCCUACAGAAAAACUAAGAUCAGAAAAAAGAAAAGAAACUGAUGACUUAGCCAUAGAAGAUGAAGUAUUAGAUCAGUUAUUUAAGAACACAAAACCAGAGUUAGAAAUUGGAGUGAAAGUUCAAAAACAAGAGGAAGAUGUCAAUGUUAGAAAAAGGCCAAGAUUGGAUGUAGAAACAAAUGGCACUUUUAAUGAUGAAGCAAUUUUGGAAAGUAACAGAAUAUCUAUCAAAGAUGAACUUCAGGAGGAUGAUGAUAUGCUUCCAAGAAAGGUGUUACUAACUGAAUUUAGAUCACUGGUGGUUAGUAACUCUGCCUCCAGAAAUGCAUCCAGGGUAAAUAGUGAUUAUGGUCAACUAAAGAAUUUCAAGAAAUUCAAAAAGGUCACAUUUCUUGGAGCAGGAAAACUUCCACAUAUCAUUGGAGGAUCAGAUCUAAUAGCUCAUCGUGCUCAGAAGAAUACAGAAUUAGAAGAAUGGUUAAGGCAGGAAAUGGAGGUGCAAAAUCAACAUGCGAAAGAAGAGUCUCUUGCUGAUGAUCUCUUCAGAUACAAUCCUAAUGUAAAAAGGAGACGAUAACUGAGGAUUUUAUAAAGGAGCCACAGAAAAACAUUCCCUCUCAAGCAUUUACAUCAAGUUUCCUCUGGCAUACGUUCAUUAAGUAUAUAGAAGGGAUUUAAAUUACAAAGGUUUUAUGGCCUAAAUUUGUUGAAUAAAAUGCACAAAUUCCAUUUUUUUUGUAUGUGACAGUAUUAUUCAGUUUUCAGUCUUUGUCAUCUCAUCUCUUAUGGUAAUUUUUUCAUUUCUAAAUGUGGCUUUUUACUUACUGAAUAUUUAAUAUAGUCACAGUUCAAAAUUCUAAAAGUAUAAAAGAAUAAGAAAUGAAAAGAUCUCCCUUCCACCACUGGUCUAGCUGUUUGGUUCCCCUCCUCCAAAAAAAGCCAUGAUACUCAUUUCUUAUGAGUCUUUCCAGAGAUUUUUGCUGCCUCUUCAAAUUUCUAUGCAUAUUAUUCUUCCAGUAAUUUCCUACAAAAAUGAUAGCAUAGCAUAGUAUUCUGCACCUUGCUGUUUUUUGCCAAAUAGAUUGGAAGAUCAUACACAUAUCAGAGCAUACAUUUUCCUCCCGUUGUACUGUAGUCUUCCUUGAGCUGACGUGACCCACAUGAAAUGGAUUUCAGGGGUGAAGAUAUCACCCACUUAUUAUUCUAGUACUAGAAAAGACAAUAUGGAAGACUUCAUCAAGCUUGUGGAUAGAUUUUACUAGAAUGGGAAAACUUACUUGGUGGUCUUACUGAGCUGGGUGUGUAUCUCUUGAGCUUCUUAGAGUCCUGGUUUUCCUAUUUGCAAAAUAGAAAUGAUAACAUUGUCUUCUUUGUUAAAGGACUAUGGUAAGAAAAAAAUGUCUUUUUUCAGAUUUUGUAAUAUAGACAACUUUGGCUGUACAUUAGAAUUAUAGUAGACUUUUUAUCAACUCUAACGACUGAUGCAUUAAGUUCUGGGAGGUAGAACAAGCUUUUUAUACUGAUUGAAAUUUUCAUGGUCCCACAUAGGUUCUGCCACCCUAAUGAGCUAAGCAUUUUAUGUUGUUAGAGAUAACCUAGCAUGAAAAAUUAUGUUCAAAGUUAAUACGUACUGUUGCUAGAUCCUCAUGGAAGAUUAUUGAUGUUAAACAUCUCUUCAUUAACUUGGCCAUUUGUAUAUCUUUGGAAAAAAAAGUCUCUUCAGCUCCUCUGCCCGUUUUUUUAAUUGGAUUGUUUGUUUUUUUGCUGUUGAAUUGUAGGAGUUCUUUACAUAUUUUGGAUAUUAACCCCUUAUCAGAUAUAUGAUAUAUGAUAUGCAUAUAUUUUCUCCCAUUCCACAGGUUGCCUUCUUGUUUGGUUGAUUGCUGCCUUUGAUAUGUAGAAGCUUUUUAGUUUGAUGUAGUUCCACUUGUUUAUUUUUUAUUUCGUUGAUUUUGCUUUAGAUGUCAAAUCCAAAGACCCAAUCAUUGUCAUGACUGAUGUCAAGAAGCUUACCUCUCCUAUGUUUUCUUCUAGGAGUUUCAUAGUUUCAGGUCUUACAUUUAAGUCUUUAAUCCAUUUUUAGUUGAUUUUUUCGCACAUGGGACAAGAUAGUGGUCCAGUUUCAUUCUUCUGCAUGUGGCUGUCCAGUUUUCCUGCAACCAUUUAUGAAGAGACUAUCUUUUCCCUGUUGUAUACUCAUGGGUCCUUUGUCAAAAAUUAAUUAACCAUAAAUGUGUGACUUUCUCACCAUAAA